AUCCUGCAAACAACGAUCACGGCUUUUACCACAGUCUCUUCCGUUCACCUGGAGAGUCCAGCUGCCGUUGGAGCGUUCCUGCAAGCAAAAAGCAAAUAUCCCCGAAGCUAAGAUCCGUCUAGCUUGCACAAAGAGCAGAUCUAAUUCCCGAAAAGAGAACCAAAAAAAAAGGCAAGGCUGCAAGACAGAGAAGACGAGAGUGACCGAGCAGACAGAGCAGUUUCGGGAGUUUUUUUUUUCUUCGUUUCUCGGGGCGCACCUGGCCGAGGCGGGAGAGACCAUGUCCCUGCAGGUGAAGGAGAAGACGCACGUGCGCCUCGUGUUUUUGGGGGCCGCGGGCGUGGGCAAAACCGCCCUGAUCCGCCGCUUCCUGCAGGACACCUUCGAGACCAAGCACCGGCGCACGGUGGAGGAGCUCCACAGCAAGGAGUACGACAUCAGCGGCGUCAAGGUGACCAUCGAGAUCAUGGACACCAGCGGCAGCUACUCCUUCCCGGCCAUGAGGAAGCUCUCCAUCCAGAACAGCGACGCCUUCGCCCUGGUGUACGCCAUCGACGACCCCGGGUCCCUGGAGGCGGUCAAGAGCCUGCGGGAUGAGAUCCUGGAGGUGAAGGAGGACAAGUUCACGCCCAUCGUGGUGGUGGGGAACAAGACGGACCGGGAGGGCGAGCGGCAGGUGUCCAGCGACGACGUGCUCUCCACCGUGGAGCUGGACUGGAACAACAGCUUCCUGGAGGCGUCGGCCAAGGAGAACGAGAACGUGCUGGAGCUGUUCCGGGAGCUCCUGCAGCAGGCCAACCUGCCCAGCUGCCUCAGCCCGGCCCUGCGCAGGCGGCGGGAGACCUUCCCCAAGGACAGCGGCGUCCGGCCCCCCAUGAACAAGACCAACAGCUGCUCCGUCUCCUAGAGACGGAGGGAGAGGACGCGGAGAGGCACGCCGUCGUUUCCACGCUUCGCACAGUGCCACUGCCACACGCCUGGGGGUGAGAGAGAGAGAGAGAGAGAGGGACAGGGUGAGAGAGAGAGUAGGAGAGAGAGAGAGAGAGAGAGAGAGAGAGAGAGAGAGAGAGACCUCCAUCCAUUUAAACCUUCAUAGGCAUUUUGUGCAGGAGAAGGACAAUGACUGUGGUUAAUGGCAGUAGAAAGUCAACACAGGAGGGGACACAGGAAAAACAGUGAACACAUGUACAGGAGACUGUUUGGGGGCUGGGGGUGGCGGGGGGGGGCGGGGAGGGUUCAGAUCAGAAUCUCAGCUGUGCAGCGCGCUCAUAUUUGGCUGGACAGCAACAGCGGGGCCAGCCCUACAAACACGAAUGUCUGUGACUGACUGAGUGACUGACUGAGUGACGAAGUUACACCAUUGGUCGGCCGAGUUAUGAAGUCACAACACCAUUGGUCGGCCGGAUCACGUGUGUUAGGUCCAGCCAUAUACUAGGUUUUAACCUGGUCUUGUUUAAAUGUACUAUGACGAUGUCUCAAAUGGCACAGCUUAUGGUGUUCAAGCAUAGAUCAAUGUCAAGCUGUGUUGUAUUUGUAUUACUUUUGAAAUUAGGGGUAUUCACUUGCAAUAAUACUUGAGACUGUUGCAGAUAGCAAGAGCGUGUGAAUUCAACUGAAAACAAAGACGUGUGCGUAUUGUGCUGCCUGUACAAAGUUUCUGCUACAAUUUUAUUUAUUCAGCGAUUGGGAAAUUAAGAUGCAUCAGAGCAAAAAAAGUUUACAUGAACGUUUACUUUUUAUUUUCUCAUCUAUGUGUAGGGCCUAUUGAACAUGUUCAUGAAAAAAAGGUUGCGUUGCAAUGUUUACCAGUAAACAUUUGUUUCAAAUGAAUGUGUUAAGAUUUAUGUUUCACAUGUUUUUUGUUUUUUUUUUUUAUUGUAUUUUUUUAUUUAUUUUUAUUUAUUAUUUUUUUAAUUCAAAUAAAUAUAAAUAAUCUACAAGACA